ACCUUUGUGUAAAAAACAAGUAAACUAAUACAGUGAUUACGCUAUUAAAAAAUAAUAAAUAUUUAUUAUUAUAUUAUUAUUAUUAUUUAUCUUUUAUAAUUUUGAAAAAGAAAAAACACUAUCUGGGGCUAUCUCAAUUCCUCUCCCUUCCUAUAUAUCUUUAUUGUUUUCUGCUUAGUAUGUCUCGUUUGGGGUUUUUAUAUUCACCAUGACCAACGUUCCAAAGUUUCUUAAUCACUCUUUCCUUACCCAUCUCAAUCAAGAACCUUGGCCCUUUUCCUUUGUUUUCUUGUAAAAGCUUUCUUGGGUUUUCUUGUUUCUUGGGUUUCUUGGUUCUUGAUUUUUUGUAGUGACCAUUAUUAUGGGUAGUGGAGAGAAGAGUGUAAAGAAUUUCCAUCUACACCUGCCUCACCUUCAUCACAAUCACCACCACAAGAAGCAAGCGAGAGACGUUCCGAAAGGCUGUUUGGCGAUCAAAGUAGGCCAGGGAGAGGAGCAGCAGAGAUUUAUAGUGCCGGUGAUAUACUUUAAUCAUCCACUCUUCAUGCAAUUACUUAAAGAAGCAGAAGAUGAAUACGGGUUUGAUCAGAAGGGUACAAUCACUAUCCCUUGCCAUGUGGAAGAGUUUAGACCUCUGCUGGCGGUUGAUUGGCCGAUGAGGGAAGAAGACGAUGAAGAUAAAGGUCGAUAAUGACGAGAAAAAAAUGUUAGCCUUGCAUAUUGUAUUUCAUUUUUGUUAUUAUUUUGUUAGGAAUCUCAAAGUAAAAAAAAAAAAAAAGUUAAACGCUUUUCCUUUUCUUUUUA